CUCGCAGGCGCCUGGGCCGGGUGCCCGGCCGUGCGUGAGUGCGGAACAAGUCUGGGCGUGGGGAAGUGCGUGGGUGCGGGGCUGAGUGCGGCCGUGGGUGGGUGCGGGGCAGGGCGCGGGGCCGGGUGUGGGUUCGGGGCUGGGUGCAGGCCGUGGGCGGGCGCGGGGCCGGGGCUGGCGGGGCAGGGCGCAGGCUGCUGCAAGGCGGCCUCGUGGAUUCUGGCCCCGGAGCGAGGGCGGGCCCCGGACACACGAAGUGGGUUCUCCUUUUUAAAAAAAACUGCGUUGCGUUUUCCUUCCUCCACGUUAGCAUCCUGUCCGGGGUCCCCGGCCCAUGUGGCCUUUCUUCCAGCGACAGUACACUUAGCUCAGAACGGAUUCACACCCACUCUGUGUUUCCACCGGGCGCGCAGGCUCGGCAAUGCGGAGCGCCUUCUCUGAAGGACAGGCCCCGGAGUCACGACUACAGCCACAGAAAGCGGAAACCGAGCUGCAGUCCAGAGGGGAUCCCCGUACAUUUCCAGCGGGCUCAGACACAGGGUCCCCCACAAGAAGGAAACAGGACAGAAAAAGUCAGGACAUGUAUGCUGUGGAGAGUCGAGGUCUCGCCUGGAUCUUGGGUGUGUGGGUAGACGCAGCCGCUCGCAGUUUUCCUUUCCAGCGUCUCUGGGGAGCCUGGAGAUGUGCUUGGUGCCGAUGUGACACGAAGAGUGAUUGCGCUGUCCUGCAGAGGCGGUGGCGGGGCGCUGCGCUCGGGCUGGGAAAGGCCGGCCCCAGGGCGACCCCUCCGGAGGCCCCCGGAGAGCAGGUGUGCGCCUCGCCUCCCGCUGGGCAGCCAGUUCAGGAGAAAAAUGUGAAGCUUUUAUCUAAACAAAAUAUUUCUUUUGUUAAGGGCUUUCUCCACACGGAGACUUUCUAGCCACGUGAGACUUUGACCUCCCAGUCCCCCAGAUUCAGCGCUGGGACCGAGCGUCUGCUGUUAUUUUUAGUAGAAGUAUAAAAAGAAUCUCGAAAAGUUUUAGCUCUGGAGAAGGCGUGAAUACAGCUGAUGACUUCACACACUCCACUUGAGCCGCUCUUUAAGAACUCCAGGAGAUCACAAAGCAAUACGAAAGCCAGAGCAUUGCACUGGGAUGGGCUGGCGGGUGGCCUUUGGGUCCCUAUCUUAUGGGCGAUUUUUGUAUAUGGGGCAUUAGAGAUGAGUAUCACCUGGAUCACAUUUUUAGGUUGAGUUCCUCCAUGGGGGGAGCUUUAGCAGUACGCUUCCAAAUAAGAAUGUAGAUUACAAUAAUUGUAGUAAAGUGUUUGCCAGACUCAUCUCAGAGAAAGACAUUAUCAAAAGGCAUUUAUUAUCUUCCUAAUGCGUGUCUGGCACUGGGCAGACACUGUAGAAUACUAUCUUGAUUAGAGUCUCAAGGAUUUUGUACCUAACGUCCUUUACAAGUAAAAGUAUUCAAGUAUAA